ACCAGUCUCAUAUGUUAAGUCUCAAAAUUGUUUCCUUUCUUUCAUAUUAUCCACAUUUGAUUUGUUUAUAAGUUUCAUUGUGAACAAGAAAACUGAACAACUUCGACAGGUUGAUUCCAAUUGUUAUUCAACCGCUUUUAAAUCAAAUUUACAUCGAAAUUUUUUUAAAUUUGCUUAAAAGACUAUCAAGUUGUGAUAUGGCGAUUGAAGAUGAAAUUAAAGAUAAAUUGGAAACGAAAAUCUUUCGUAAGUUGACUUCAGGCCUUGGUGGUUGCAUCAAUACAGGGACUGUUUACGAAAUCGACGAUGGAGCAAAGGUCUAUGUUAAAAGUAACCAGGCUCCGGAUUCCGGUCUCAUGUUCGAAGGAGAGAUGUUUUCAUUGGAAUCAAUUGAAAAAACCAAAACAAUUCGAGUACCGAAGCCGAAAUUUACAAUGGAUUUCACAAAUAGGGAUGAAGGAGCUGUUCUUUGUAUGGAGUAUAUCGAUAAAAUGGUGGGACUGUCAAAGUACCAAGAUAAGUGUGGAGAGGAAUUAGCCCAGCUUCACAUUGAUAAUAUAAAUCUAGAAAAAGUUGAGAAAAAAUUAGAAAAUUGGGUUGGUAAAGAACCUGAAAGACAGUAUGUAGAUAAAUUUGGUUUCGAUGCUGUUACUUGUUGUGGUAAAAUACCUUUAGUAAAUGAAUGGGUUGAUGAUUGGAUUGGUUUUUACGCACGUAACCGUUUAGACGUUCAAAUAAGAAUGGUUCAAUCUGAUUAUGGAAAUAGAGAAAUUGGUGAAUAUUGGUCUGCACUUCAACUUAAAAUACCCAAAUUUUUCAAGCAAAUAAGCGAAAUUCCAAUCAAACCAUCUCUUCUUCACGGUGAUCUAUGGGGUGGUAAUGCUGGCGAAACAGAAGAAGGUCCCAUAAUUUUUGAUCCAGCUUCAUUUUAUGGACAUCAUGAAUUUGAAUUAUCAAUUGCAGGUAUGUUUGGAGGGUUCCGUCACCAAUUUUACACUUCCUAUUUCAGGACAAUCAAGAAAUACCCUGGAUUUGAUGACAGGCAACAACUUUACCAAUUAUUCCAUUACCUUAACCAUUGGAAUCACUUCGGUGGAAGAUAUGCCCAGCAAAGUCUAAAUUUAAUGAAACAGCUCUCUAAGUAGCAAAAAAUAGCAGAAAAUAUCUGUAUAAUUACCUUAUAAACCAACCAUUUGUAAAAAUAUUCUGUAAUUUAAUUGUUUCAUUGUUUUCAACACCCAAUCUCACAAUUGAGUGUAUAGAAACAAACAACAAAUCUUUCCAAAUAUUGACCACAAAAAAAACUAAAUCAAAGUUUAUACUUGUAACACAUUUGUUGGCCCUAAAGCCAUGUUAAAAAUUUGUUAAGCGCCAAUAAACAAUGUAAGAAAAAAUAAUAAUAAAAUUGUUUUAAUAAAA